GCGCACUGGAGUCUGCCCGCCGGCCGGCUCCGGGGUACAAAGAGAGCGCCGCCGAAAGUCGGGGUUCCUUGAAGUCUUGGGAGCCGCCUGGGGUUUCGCAGGCCUGAGCUGUGCCUCCGUCCCGCUCCGGGACGCAGCCACAGUCGUUUCCCAGCCGGAGUCGGAGGCUUGUGGGUCUCCGACUUCCUCGCCUUUGCGGUAGCAGCGGGGCCCAGGUGGUUCCAGUACAUUUCGGGGUUUAAUUCUGGCGCUUGCGAGCUGGGGCUGGCUCCGCCCUCCACCCCCGCCCCGCCCCCUCCUCCGAGGUCCGGGAGCCGCGGGCGAGGCAGAGAGGGGCUGGCUGGGUGCCGCAGGUUGAGAGGAGCUACUGGAGAAUGAUUGUCACUAUACUGGACGGACUGCUGAGCUAUUGAAUUACUUCUGUCUUUUGACCACACUAGGAAAUUGUCCAUGGAGUUGAGAUAUUUAUUGCAGUAAUUUCUGGCCUUACAUACUUAGGUUGAGUGCAUUUGGGAACUUGAUGCAUAAAAUUUGCAUGACUCCUCACUCCUUUCUGUAUCUGUCUUUGGAUUCAAGCCAGCAUGGCUCACACCACAAAGGUUAACGGCUGUGCCUCAGGAAAAGCAGAUGAUGUUCUUUAUGGAGAUCAUGACAGGGGACAAAAAGGUCCUUAUUUUGUGGAGACCCCCUAUGGUUAUCAACUAGACUUAGAUUUCCUCAAAUACGUAGAUGACAUACAGAAAGGAAACACCAUCAAGAAAGUGAACAUCCAGAAGAGGCGGAAGCCAUCUGUGCCAUGCCCAGAAACCAGGGCCACACCUAGUCAUCAAGGUGUGUGGACUUCCACUGAAUCCCUCUCAUCCUCCAACAGUGAUGACAACAAGCAGUGCCCCAACUUCCUCCUAGCCCAAAGUGAAGUUACAUCAACUCCAAUCCCAAGGCCACCUGCCCCUCUGGAGACCUCACCCACUUUUCUUACCAUCCCAGAAAGCCGACAGCUGCCACCAGCAUCCCCGCAACUCCCAAAGCACAACCUUCAUGUCACCAAGACACUGAUGGAGACCCGGAGAAGACUCGAACAGGAGAGAGUCACCAUGCAGGUGGCACCUGGUGAGUUCCGAAGGCCCAGGCUGGCCAGUUUUGGAGGCAUGGGCUCCACGAGCUCCCUCUCCUCAUUUACGGGUUCUGGAAACCACAAUCCUGCCAUGCACCAGCAUCAGAAUGGCUACCAAGGCAACGGGGAUUAUGGUGGCUAUGCCCCAGCUGCUGCCACCACUUCUUCCAUGGGGAGUUCCAUCCGCCACAGCCCUCUGAGCUCAGGGAUCUCCACUCCGGUGACCAACGUGAGUCCCGUGCACCUGCAGCACAUCCGUGAGCAGAUGGCCAUUGCCCUGAAACGCCUGAAGGAGCUAGAAGAGCAGGUGCGAACCAUCCCUGUGCUCCAGGUAAAGAUCUCUGUCUUGCAAGAGGAGAAAAGGCAGUUGGUUUCACAGCUGAAAAACCAAAGAGCUGCAUCCCAGAACGAUGUCUGUGGUGUGAGAAAGAGGUCCUACAGUGCUGGGAAUGCAUCCCAGCUGGAACACGUCUCCAGGACCCAGAGAAGUGGCGGGGAAUUAUACAUUGACUAUGAGGAGGAAGAAAUGGAGAGUGCGGAGCAGAGCACCCAGAGGAUAAAGGAAUUCCGGCAGCUCACAGCAGACGUGCAGGCCCUGGAGCAGAAGAUCCAGGACAGCAGCUGUGAGGCCUCCUCAGAGCUCAGGGAGAACGGGGAGUGUCGGCCUCGAGAGUGCCAGUCUGUGGCUGUGGGUGCUGAUGAGAACAUGGACAGCAUUGUCGUGCACCACAGGGGCGCCGGGUCCUGCAAGGAUGCUGCUGUAGGCACAGUCACCGAGACGAGGAAUUCUGGGGUCAGCGUGACAGAAGCCAUGCUUGGAGUGACUACUGAAGCUGACAAAGAAAUUGAGCUGCAACAGCAGACCAUAGAAGCCUUAAAGGAAAAGAUCUAUCGCCUGGAAGUACAGCUUAAAGAAACCACCCAUGACCGGGAGAUGACUAAACUCAAGCAAGAGCUGCAAGCUGCUGGCUCCAGAAAAAAAGUUGACAAAGCCAUGAUGGCCCAGCCGCUUGUUUUCAGCAAGAUGGUGGAGGCAGUGGUACCCACAAGAGACCAAAUAGCUGGCAGUCACGUGGACGUGGUUGACACCUGUGUCGGGACCUGCGUGCAGACAAAUAGCGUAGGCACUUCCUGCCAGCCCGAUCGUGAGAAUAAAGUGGUGGGGCCUGAGCUGCCCAUGAAUUGGUGGAUUGUUAAGGAAAGGGUGGAAAUGCAUGACCGAUGUACUGGGCGGUCCGUGGGGACGUGUGACAAGAGCGUGGGUGUGGACAUCAGCGUCUGUGAAACAGGCAGCAACACGGAGGAGUCUGUGAACGACCUGGCACUCCUCAAGACCAACCUGAAUCUCAAAGAAGUCCGCUCCAUCGGCUGCGGAGAUUGCUCUGUCGAUGUGAUCGUCUGCUCCCCAAGGGAGUACACCUCCCGGAGUGUGAACACGGAGGCCGUCAGCCAGGUGGAAGCUGCUGUCAUGGCAGUGCCUCGAACCACGAGCCAGCACAGCAGCACGGUUCUAGAACAGGUGUCCCAGUUCACCAACACCGAGACAGCCACCCUCACAGAGUCCUGCACCAACACUUCCCUCAGCACCAUGGACAAGCACACCAGCACCCGGACUGUGGAGAUGCGGACUGUGGCGGUCGGAGAAGGCCGCGUCAAGGACGUCAGCUCCGCUAAGAUGCGGUCCGUCGGAGUUGGAACGGUGCUCUCUGGCAGCUCUGGGUUUGACAGGCCAUCCUCUGUGAAGACCAAAGAGUCGGGCGUGGGGCAGAUCAGUAUUAACGACAACUAUCUGGUUGGUCUGAAAAUGAGGACCAUAGCUUGUGGUCCUCCCCAGUUGACGGUGGGGCCCGCAGGCAGCCGGCGGAGUGUAGGGGUUGGGGAUGAACCUGUAGGAGAGUUCGUGGAGAGCCCCCAGCCCCAGGCUCCGUCCAGAAUGGUGACAGGCUUGGAUCACUACAUUGAGCGUGUCCAGAAGCUGCUGGCAGAACAGCAGGCGCUGCUGGCUGAGAACUAUAGUGAACUGGCAGAAGCUUUUGGGGAACCUCGCUCACAGAUUGGCUCCCUCAACUCCCAGCUCAUCAACGCCUUAUCGUCAAUCAACUCUGUCGUGAAGUCUGCAAGCGCUGAGGAGCUGAGGCCUGACUUCCUGAACACCAGCCUGGGUAAGGUCACAGGCAGUAAUUUGGAAUACACCUGUAAGUGUGGAAGUCUUCAAUCAGGAGAGCCAUUAAACUCCCAGACAUCCCGGCAUGAGCAAGAGGUGCGGACCACAGAAGGGAAGCCCAUCAGCAGCGAGGAUACCUUCCCCACUCAGGAAAGCACGCUGUCUCCAGUGAACCUGACAGACGACCAGAUAGCCGCUGGCCUCUAUGUAUGUACAAAUAAUGAAAGUACGCUGAAGUCCAUCAUGAAGAAGAAAGAUGCCAACAAAGAUUCAAAUGGAGCGAAAAAGAAUCUUCAGUUUGUUGGCAUUAAUGGAGGGUAUGAAACCACUUCAAGUGAUGAUUCCAGCUCAGAUGAAAGCUCUUCUUCCGAGUCAGAUGACGAGUGUGAUGUCCCUGAGUAUCCUCCUGAGGAAGAGGAGGAGGAAGAGGAGGACGAAGACACUCGGGGAAUGGCAGAAGGCCACCAUGCAGUUAAUGUGGAAGGUUUCACGUCCAACAGGGUGGAAGAUGAAAUGCAGGUUCCAGAAUGUGAACCUGAGAAGGUGGAAAUCAGAGAGAGAUAUGAACUAAGUGAAAAGAUGUUGUCUGCAUGCAACUUACUGAAAAAUAACAUAAAUGACCCCAAAGCUUUGACCAGCAAGGAUAUGCGGUUCUGUCUGAACACUCUCCAGCACGAGUGGUUCCGCGUGUCCAGUCAGAAGUCAGCCAUCCCAGCCAUGGUGGGGGACUACAUAGCCGCUUUUGAGGCCAUCUCCCCAGACGUCCUGCGUCAUAUCAUCAACAUGGCGGACGGGAACGGAAACACCGCCCUCCAUUACAGUGUGUCCCACUCCAACUUCGAGAUUGUGAAGCUGCUCUUGGACGCUGAUGUAUGUAACGUGGAUCACCAGAACAAGGCGGGGUAUACCCCCAUCAUGCUGGCAGCCCUCGCCGCUGUGGAAGCAGAGAAGGACAUGCGAGUUGUGGAAGAACUCUUUGCCUGUGGGGACGUGAACGCCAAAGCCAGCCAGGCAGGACAGACAGCCCUCAUGCUGGCUGUCAGUCAUGGGCGGAUAGACAUGGUGAAGGGCCUGCUGGCCUGUGGGGCUGACGUCAACAUCCAGGACGACGAGGGCUCCACCGCCCUGAUGUGUGCCAGCGAGCACGGGCACGUGGAGAUUGUCAAGCUGCUGCUGGCCCAGCCAGGCUGCAAUGGCCACCUGGAGGACAACGACGGCAGCACCGCGCUCUCAAUAGCCCUGGAGGCAGGACACAAGGACAUCGCCGUUCUGCUGUAUGCCCACGUCAACUUCGCGAAAGCCCAGUCUCCGGGCACCCCUAGGCUUGGAAGGAAGACAUCUCCUGGUCCCACCCACCGAGGUUCAUUUGAUUGAUUAUGUGCAAAUACCGUCCAUUUACAUGCCACCACCAAGCUGCUAAUUGUUCCCGUUGGGCUGACAGGUACUGAAUGUAUUUUGUGCCUGAGCUCACCAGCAAACAGAACGCAUAAAGCCGAGGGCGAAGGCUGGAGCUGCCACAGUGGAAGCUGAGCCAGCAGGAGAUGGCUGGCCAGGCACACAUGCCUCCCUUCUGGCCAUCUUCCGUCUGUGUAGGGCACACUUGCUGUGGAGUCUCUGCUCCGUUAUGUACAGUUGUAGGAAAGAGUAACCUGAUCUGAGCGGGCAACUUCUGUUCCUUCUCUCCACCCCCUACCAGUGCUGAGAAGUAUCAGGUUCUCGCCGGCAUGGUGUUUUUAAACUUUCCUACAAGUAUUUAUAUUUACUAAACGUGGAACCAUUGGAAAGCUCUUUGAAAAUUCCAUUCCAGGAUGGUUUUGUUGAUUUUUCUUUUGUCUUUAUUAUUUUAAAGUAAGGAAGUUGAGAUGACUUUGAUCAUCGGUGAAUUGGGCCUGGGCUGGUUUCUGGUUUAAAAAUAAAAGUUGAAACUCUCAAAAAGUUUAAAACUUAACAAAAGGAAGUCUUUUCAGUUGGUUUUAUCUAGGUGGAUGCAUUACAUGACGUUUUAUGUAAAGGGUAUCUAUAUAAAAUUGAUGCAGUAUUUUCAACUUUUAUAUUCCAUAGUAAUUAAAGACGUGAAGAACGACAUGUAACAUUACCAUAUUUUUAUUAAUAAUUGCACAACUCUGUAUCUAAUGAUAAAAGUGGAAUUGUGUUAGAGAAAUUGGCUAUAUAUUUGCCUCUAGAGAAACAUAGUAUAGUUCUCCACGUAUUUAUGGAUUCCUUUAUCCCAUGUCACAUUUGCUUUGGUCUUGUAUGUAUUUAAAUGUUUGAAGUGCCUUAGACUCUUGCCAUAUUUUCAAAAU